AUGGCAAAGAUAUCACCCAAGCUGCUGCGGGAAGCUAAGGCAGGGCACGCGCCAGCCUUGUACACUUUAUCGCGCACAAUCGAUGAAACGAAUUACACGGAGGAGAUCCUCGACAUCGCAUUGAUGCACUUGGAGCCGGACCUGGUACCACGAGAGAAGUCCACGAUCGUGAAGAUGGCCCCCCUAGCGACAGCCGCCCUGGGCUGCUUGGUAUCAAUCCCCAACGCUUGUAAAAACACUCCGUUCAGACAGAGAACGAUCGACAUCAUCCUAGAGAAGCUGGAUGGUAUCCUGGCCUGGGUUUAUGUCUGCCUGGAGGACAUUCAUCUUACUGGACGAUCGAGUGGAAAUGGCGGUUUUCGAUUCACGUUCCAGAUCCUUAAACGACUUUGGACCACUCGCGACUCGAAAGGAGAACCGCUCAUGGAGCAUUUCAGCCCACGCCACUGUACGAUUCUACUCGUUAUGUCCCGCUGGGUUGAUCAUCCGCUGAGCGCUGAAACCCUCGUCAUUCGGUUGCUCUCCGACCCGUCAAGCAUCAAGAGCUUCACUGACGGAUUGAUAGAUCGAGGAAAGCUUCUCCCUAAGCUUAAACAGAAAGGAGUAGCGCAGUCCAGCGUGAACGAACACGUCAACGUUGUCGCUGUGAUCGUCAAUUCCUUUGUCAAGUUGAGCCCCGCCGUCACACAGCAUCUUCGCACAUCGAGGUUUUUGGAUGAAUGGACGCGCAUUGUACUUGAUCUCGAGCAGAGUCUUCGGGCUUACGAGAUUGUGCUCUUGUGCUGUCGUCUUUUAAUCCUAACCACCACCCCCAUCGAACACCCUCUUCGUUCGGUCGCCCUCCUUGCGCCAGUCGUAAUGCCGAUCUUUGCUCGUAACCUUCCGAACGCGAAGAUAGACGGCAACCUGGAACUUAUGGUCACUGCGUCUCUCAAAACGGCGCUCGAGAGCCGCCUCUUGUUCCCUCGCGGAAUACGGGCGUUGCGGUCGGCAAUGGACGAUUUCGAUCCUUCAGGGACCAAGAUGGGUCGGUCAAAACUUCCUUCUUGGACGGCGUUUAUCCGCGGGGUCAAGGAACAGGGAGAUUUCCUGAGCAACAGUUCGUUAGAAGAGCUCGGAAUAUGCGAUAGUAUCGCGCCGUCUCUCCAGCAUGACGUGUACGACACUGAGAUCACAAUGGGCGCUCAAUGUUCGGGUUGCCAUUCAGUCGUCUAUUGCAGUCUCCAGUGUCAGAGGGAAGAUUGGAACGAGAGACACAGGACGGAAUGCCUCGCGAUGCUUCGAAGUUACGAAGCGUCGAAACGUGACAACACCCACAUCUCACACCAGACGCGUGCAUUCCAUAUUUACAUCGCCAAAGCUUCGCACUCGGGCUUCAACCUGUGGGAGGCUCGACGAGAGCAAGAACAUCCGGGAGUACCGCAUAAUGAACUGGUUGCCCGAAUGAACUUUGGGCUUCCCAACCCUCACCUUUUCCACCGCAUCGACGACAUACGGCCGGGAUCUCAGGCGCGCCCCAUUUGCCCAGCGUGGAACGCGAGGAGGGAGGGGAUGGUUUCUGACUUUCGGCGCUCAAACGAUACUCAGAGGAGGCUGAUCGAUUGGAACUUUUCUUGGAAUGUGGAGUACCAAAUCUCACUCCUGACGGAGUUUCAGCUCCUCGAAUUCGAGGAUGGGCCAGCGGAGUGGGUUCUGGCGAGACAUGCUAGCACUGGAGAGUAA